AUGGCGGCUGAAGCAGCACAGCGUGCUGCUCCGGCGUUUAGUGCGUUUUCCCGCACCUCACCCGAAAUAUAUAAGACUCUAGAUGGCAAGGUGAUCGUGGAAGAUGAACUACUUAACUUUAUUGUAGUGAAAAUGAGGACUCUUAGUCAAGACGAAAUCGUCACACUUGUGACAAACCAUUUCACCUCUGAGCGAAUUGAAUCCUCCAAGAAAGUUUUGUUUGAGGUCUGUACCAAGACGACACAGCGGUUGGUCUCGCAUAAAGGAGCACAAAAGGACAUUAACAACGUAAAGUUGUGCUUGAAAGUACUCAAUGAAUGUGGAGGCGAUAUUCCUAAAUUCGUCUCACACUUUCUGGAUGAACUGCCUCCUGUCUCGUUUAAUAGCAUUGAUGUGUCGGUGCUGAUGGGGAAAAUGCUGCAAAUCAACAACGACAUUGCUGGCAUGAAGAAAGUUAUGGAAGCGCAAGUAGUCGCCUGCGGGAGUUUACGCUCGGUGACCGAAGCCCUAGAUAAUAGGCUGGUCGCGGUGGAGAGGCCCGGCGGCCUCCCUGGGCAGGUGACUGCCGGGGAGACUUGUGCUCCUGAUUGCAAUACGGAGAACCUACGACGGAUGCCUAGCAGGAGUGUCUGCGCAGCUGCUAGCGUGAAAGUGGAUCACCCCGAAGGACGGUUGGAUACCGAGAUGGCUGAGAUUAACGCUUCAAGGGAGAACCCCACUGUCACUGCUCUUGUGGUGCCUGAAGAUCAAGCACCGUCUCCCCCGUGGAACCGUGUCGUGAGAGAGGGGAGGCGUCGGAAUAACCCGGCUUCAGGCAGCCGAAAACCCUCUACUGAGUUCAUACACCACCAGAAACCUCAACGCAAGAGAACUGGCAUUAUCGGCACCGGCACAGCCAGUAUACAGGCAGUCCAAACGAAGAUGGUGAGUGUCUUCGCAACGAGGUUUGAUCCGAGCCUCGAAGCAGAGACUUGGCUUCCCAAGCAGGAUCUGGAUAAGCUAAACGUCCUGAAUAAAGACUUCCACGGUGCCGAAUUUAAACUGGACAAGCGUCAUGAUAUUGAGGAGUUUUCUCCCGGCGAAGAUGUCACUCUUUGCUGUUACCUCUCUCCUCCAACCAGUGCUGUUGCCAUGGAGAUCAGGUGGUUUAAGAAAACAGAGUGUAUUUACCUGUUUAAGAAUGGAGACGUAACAGUACUGGAAGGUUAUAAGGGCAGAGUGAGUGUAGACACCCAGAAGCUGCAGGGGGGAGACGUGUCUCUGAGGCUGAGAGAGAGCCGAAAAGCGGACGAAGAGGUGUACACAUGCCAAGUCGUCGGUGCACGGACAGAAGAAACAAGAGUCGGGCUGUGGAUUAAAGGUCGGCAAAAUGUGUUCAUGACUGCUUACCUGCUUCAAAAAUGCUCAUCACCCUCUGAUAUCACAGGUGUACCUGAGAUAACUGCUGAAGACAGAAGGAAAAUGGAGGAAUCAUUCCAGUCUCUGGUUUCCCCUGCAUUGCAGACUGAAUUCAUGAAGGAACCCACACAACCAGAGAAGAGCAAGAAGGCAAAGGAGAUGCUGAGUAAAGAUGGAGAGAUGGAGAAGCUGGAGGACAAGAAUAAAGAGAUGGAGAAGACAAUACAGGACCUGGAGAAGAUGCUGGAGGACAAGAAUAAAGAGAUGGAAAAGACAAUACAGGAGCUGGAGAAGAUUCUGGAGGAGAAGAACAAAGAGAUGAAAAAGACAACACAGGAGCUGGAGAAGAUUCUGGAGGACAAGAACACAGAGAUGGAAAAGACAGCACAGGAGCUGGAGAAGAUGCUGGAGGAGAAGAACAAAGAGAUGAAAAAGACAACACAGGAGCUGGAGAAGAUGAAAAAAGAGGUGGAGAAGAUGGAACAACUACUAAAGGAGAAGAACAAAGAAAUAGAUAAGAAAACAGAACAACUGGAGGAGGAAAAGAAGACGACUCAAAAACUAGAGGAUGGAAGUAAACUCCUUCAGCAAAAAGAGACAGAACUAAUGAACAUGACUAAACGACAGACGGAAAGAGAGGGACUACUGGAGAAGAUGACUAGUGAGGUGGAGACUUAUAAAAGACAACUUGAGUCACUGGGAAAGGAAUUGCAGGAAAGGGACAACAAAAUACAGGAGAUGGAGAAGAUGCUGAAGGACAAGAACAAAGAGACAGAGAGGACGAAGCAACACAUAGAACUAAAGAACAAAGAGAUGGAUCAGACAAAACAGCAACUAGAGGGGAUGGAGAACGAGGUGGAGAAGAUGAAACAACAGCUACAGGAGAAGAACAAAGAAGUAGAGAAGAAAACAGAACAACUAGAAGAUAAUAAAAAAGAGAUGGAGAAGACGACCCAGAAACUAGAGGAGGGAAAUAAACUCCUCCAGCAAAAAGAGACAGAACUAAUAAAAUUGACCGAACGAGAGACGGAGAGAGAGGGACUACUGCAGGAAAAGGAGAGGCAGCUGGAGGAGAAAAUCAAACAGCUGGAGAGAGAAAAACAGCAGGAAAGGCAUGGAGAAGAUCCUGAUCCUCCUCUCGUGGGAAAGAAAAGACACAGCUCUGAAUUGCACCCUCCUACCAUGGCAGAAGACAAUCUUGCUGGACAAGAGCCUCCACAGUCUCCUGCUGUGCCUGAGCUGAGGCUGGUGUUGAUCGGGGGGAGUGCGGCUGAGAAGAAGGAAGCAGCAAACACCAUCCUGGGCACAUCCACACACACAGAGGCUCAGCACAGUGAGAGCAAGCAGGGGAAGGUGGCAGGGAGAUGGGUGACCCUGGUGGAAACUACAGACUGGUUCUGCAGUGGACUCUCUGAGAAGGACAUGAGACAGGAUGUGAGGCUUUGUGUUCGACUGUCUGCUCCGGGACCUCAUGCUUUCCUCCUGGUGAUCCCGAUGGAGCUGUCUGAAAGUGCAGCGAGGGAAAUGCUAGAGAAAAUGGAGGGUAUUUUUGGGAAGGGCUGUUGGAGUCACACAUUGCUCCUCUUUACUAAUAUUAAAGGGUUGAGAGAGACAGGUGUGGAGGAGUUGCUCCAGAAAGGUAGUCCGGAGCUCCAGCAGCUGGCAGAGAAAUGUGGGAACAGAUAUCACCUUCUCAAUGUUAUAGACAGGCCUGAUUACAUGAACAUUACACAACUGCUAGUUAUGAUAGAGGAGAUGUCAAGAAACAGAGAGAGAUUCUACAGCAGUGAGACCUACCAGGAGGCAGAGAGACGUAGAGAGGAGGAGAUGUCAAGAGCUCUGCUUGACAUAAGUGGUCAGCAAUUCCUGAAAAAGAUGGAGGAAGAGAUCAAGCAAAAUGAAAUAUCAAAAUUGCAAGAGAAACUGCGGGAAUGA